UGAGCGAGUCCGCGGCGGCGACAAUUGUUGGUAGCUCCAGCUCAGAAAUGGCAUCGCCAUCCAAUGUGGCCGAUGGCAGCAAAGCUACUAAUUAUGAAUUUCAUUCGAGCAUCUCAGAAGAAGAGAAACGUUUUUAUCUCAAAGCCUAUCCGACGGUUGAUAUUGUACGCGAUCGUAAAGUUCAUUGUACAGUAUGUAAAAUACACAUUGGUACGGCUCCCAUACAGGAGACAGGCAUUAAAAUGCAUCCCAUUCUACGGGUUACACACUGCUUGAAAUGUCAUGAUUUCUAUAAUAGCGGCGAAUUUAGUAAGGGUGAAGAUGGCUCCGAGUUGUAUUGCCGUUGGUGUGGUCAAGGCGGUGAAGUAUAUUGCUGUUCCAGUUGCCCCUAUGUAUUUUGUAAAUCAUGCAUUGUCAAGAAUUUGUCACGUGGCGUUGUGGCCGAUAUUGAACAGAAUGAGAAUUGGAAUUGUUUUAGUUGUGCACCGAAAAUCCUGUGGCCGUUGCGGGCACAACAUUGGGCUCUAAUGAAUUACAUUGAACAGCAAAAGAAGGAAGCCUAUGCCAUGAAUUUAAGCGAACAGGAACUAAACCAACUGCUUCGACGUGAUCGAAGCAAAUGUUGCCGUUUGGCCAAAGCCAAGUGUGGCAACAUGUCCGAUUCAAUGGAAAGCUUAGAUUCUGUGGUAUCCAAGCGCAGCCAGGGCAGUUCUUCGGGUUCGGCAAAGAAGGCUGCCAAACAUGGCUCAACACCAUCGCCACAACAGCCGAAUGCUAAAAGACCCAAAAACAAUGAUGAAGUGGUUUGUACACCUGAUUUGCUCAGCAUGUUGGAGCCGGAUUGUCAAAUUACGGUCUCACAGAAAAAUAAUGGUAACACACCCCAACGCCCAAUGCCAUCACCAUCCGGUGUAUCACCGAGAAUUGUGUCCAUUCAACAAUCACCCAACGCUUAUGGUGGUGGUCAAAGUAUAAAUACGUCAUCCACUCCAAAAACAUCGGCUCCACCACCAUUGCUGUUGCGAAAUACUGCCAUAAAAUUGCGACCGGCUGCUCAGCCACCAAUUGUACGCCGCACCGUUAUUGGUCCGAGGACACCGGCACCCGGUGGAAAUAGUGCCCCGGUAUAUCACACCAUUAAUGGUUAUCGCAUCGACUUAAAUUCGGCUGCUCAACAAGAGACCUUCCGUUUACCCAAUGGUAAACUUAUACAGGUCAAGAGGCAGGUUGUGCCACAAACAAUUGCCUCGAGGCCAGUUCAAAUUACUCCACAUCCAUAUCCAGGAGCAAAUGUCAUGCAGACACCUGGUCAGCCGCAGGUGGUACGUUAUCACAACAAUGUCAUUGGUUCGACUACAAUCAAUGCUGUUGGUCAUAAUGGUACUCCAUUGCAGGCAAUAAAUGGUCAAAUACCGGCACAACCACAAGCUGCUCCUCCGAAUGUACAACAAAUGGUUCCAGGACAGCCAAUUCGUCCGGUAAUGGUGCGACACAUUUUCCCCGAUACACCAAUUGGUCAGGCCCGAACCCAAUUGCAGGAGCAGGUGUUCAAUGCCAUGGAAAUAUGUACACAUCUUACGAACAAAGUUCAAACGUUGACAAAUUCGAAUGCCUAUAAACAGGCGAGGAACUAUUUGGAAGUUAAGGAACUCUACAUUCAUUUGUCGUAUUUGUUGACCUAUGCCAUUGGUCGAUUUAAAGGUUUACAAGAUAAAUGUUUGGCUGAUAUGCGUCAGCUUGGUUUUGGCAACGAUGCGGAUUGCUUGGAAAAUGGCCAAUUGGCAGCAGCUGUUGAUUAUGUCUGCUAUGGCCAAUUGGAUGAUGUUGAUCUAUUCAAUACGGGUAACAAUAGCUUCCACAAUCAAGUCUAUGAAUAUCGCAAAAGCUUACAUGCCAAUCUAAAGGAUGGCGAAGAUGGCCCCAGAUCACCCUUACCACCCAUAUUUGAAUUGGGCCAGGGUAAAUCCAAUGAAAUAUCCGAUGAUGAAAAUGGUGAAGAUAGUUUAUUGGAGGCGCCGGAAGGUGAAAUGAAAGGAGACAAUUGGAUGGGUGGCGAUGAUUCUCCAGCACCCGCCUACGAUCAAGAGAAUGAAGAAAACGAAGAACCCGAUGAAUCCUAUAUGGACAAUGAUGAUGACGAUGAUGGUUAUGGUCGUUCUAUGGGUGGUUAUGGCGGCGGUGGUGGCUUUACGCAGGGCACCGAAGAGUCAAUGCGACGCAAUGAAGAAUCUCAUGCCUAUGAUCGUAAACUGACACGAUUGGUAUCACAAUAUCCUUCGAUAUGGUGUACCCGUCAUCCGGACUAUGGUAAUUUUGAGGUCACCCGCAAACAAUGGCGUAUCAUUGCUGCACAUUUCGAUCGCAAUGAAAACAUCAAACUACGUUGGAAGAAUAUACGCAAACGUUUUGUACGCAUUGAAAAACGUAUUGCCGAUGGUAAACGUUUCAAUGGGCACUUUGAUAAGGCAAUGGCAUUUUUGGCUAAUCGUGAUUUACCACCAAAUCAAUGGUUGCCCGUCGAUUGUGGCGAAGAUGACGGUGAUACCUAUGAUCGCAGACAAUUGGAUGCAAUGGAAAAAGAUCAUCGUCUUGCGUAUAAUUAUCAACCAGCCAUAAAACCCAUCGAAGUAGAUCCUUUGGAUUCGAAAAUUAUAACAUUUGUCAAAACAAAUCCGGUGCUGUGGAGAAAAUCAAUGGAUCCCGAAGCGGAUAAAAUUGAUGAACAAACCCGGGCAACUGUUUGGUCACAACUGGCUAAAUCAUUAACGACUGUAUCCAGUGAAUAUAUCAAAGAUCGUUGGCAACAUUUAUAUGAAAUGUAUAAAACAUUCCGUUUGAAAACUAUCAAAUCUCCCGAAGAUCGUGAAAAUCUUGAAUUGAAAUAUUCAAAAUAUAUUGCCCGAUUAUAUUUCCUACAUAAGCUGGAUGAAAAUGAAUUGCGUAAUGAAAAUAAUGGUCUCUUUGAAGACUGCUUUGACAACGAGAAAGAUAAAACUCUGAAAGCAGCAGCACCCACAAAACUACAAGAUAUGCCCGAUGAUAAGGAAUUCCUCAAGCAAUUGGUGUUGUGUGUUAAACAAUAUCCCGCCCUGUGGGAUACAAAUCAUAUUGAUUACAAUGAUAUUAUGGUUCGUGAUAAUUAUUGGCAAGAAAUUGCCACAAAAUUGGAGGAAUUUAAACGUGAAGUGAAAACAAUUAAAUUACGCUGGCAAUUGGCCAAAUUUAGCUAUUAUCGCUACAAACGUGAAAAUGGCCAAAUUUUGGAAAAUUCCAAAAUGGAACAGUAUUGCAAAAAUCUACCCAUUGAUGAUAUGGAAUUUUUAAAUAAUUUUUAGAUGCGAGUAUCUCAUUUUAGGUUAAGUC